AUGGGCUCAAUCAACAAACAAAUCUCGCGAUACGAGACGACAGCAGUUUAUACCCAUCCCGACGCUAAAGUUGAUGUUGUACUCGUUCACGGUCUAAACGGCGAUCCACAACGGACCUGGACGUCCAAGAAUGACGUCUUCUGGCCGACCGACCUACUCCCCACAUCCUUAAGAGAAGCGCGGGCGAAUAUUCUGGUUUACGGAUAUAACGCCGAUGUAUACUCAAAAAAACAUGGGUCCAACCCGAGCGAUAACUUCAUGUACAUGCAUGCGCAGACCUUAGUAACGUCCCUUACACACUAUCGGAAGGAUGAACAAUCUACACGCAACCCCAUCAUCUGGGUAUGUCACAGCUUGGGCGGUAUUCUAGUCAAGCGCGCUCUAUUAUACUCGAACGACUUGAGAUCUUCUCAACAUGAGGACUACCGAUCGAUAUACGUCUCAACGUAUGGCAUGAUAUUUCUCGGUACACCACAUGCGGGUUCGGAUUUGGCGGGAUGGGGAACUAUGCUACAAGCAAUGUCGGACGCAGUUGUUCCUCGAACAUUCUUUCAGUCCGAGUCAGUACUCCUAAAGACGCUGAAAAGGGAUAACGAAACGCUGCAGAACAUCAACAGCCAUUUCCUCGACAUCUACCAGCGAUUUAAAAUUCUUAUGGCCCACGAGAACCAUAAGACGGAUUUAAAAGGAACGAAGUCGCUCAUAGUUGACGCACAUUCGGCAAGUCCCCAGCUUCCGGGUGUAACAUACUAUGCUAUUGAAGCAACCCACUCCGGCAUGUGCAAGUUCGAUAGCAGAAAUGCGCCGGGAUACAGAACAAUAGCUACGGCUAUAAGGGAAUGGGUUCUAGAUUGCCCCGACGUAAUCGCGACCAGAUGGAGGGUAGAAGACGAUGAAAGAUUAGCGAGGGCAAAACACGAGAUAGAAGAGAGGAUGAAACCAUGGGUAUGUUCUCGUCCCAAGUCCAACAACUCCAACCACGAAAAUCAGGCUGGCCAAGGAUCCAGUAGGUUACCAGCCCUACCCUUUCUGGAGAGUAGCUCAUACCAUGAAUAUUUCCCGUCACAACAAUCCAAAUCUGAUCAUGACCCUUCACAAGAACCCCUCUUCGUCAAACCGACUGUCUUCCGUCCUAAUAUGUAUUUCAAAGGUCGAGACAAAGAGCUCAAGCUGUUGCAUAAAAUGUUAAUGGACCGUAAAAGAAGGUCCGUAGGAACCUCAUCUGUGCUGAUCCAGAGUAUGCCUGGAGGUGGUAAGACUCACUUGGCGCGACAAUAUGUAUUCCAACAUAAAUAUGAUUUUCCCGGUGGUAUCUUUUGGAUCCGGGCGAAAUAUUUGGAAGAACUAGAUUACGGCUAUUGGGACAUCGCGAAGACAGUGGGCCUGAGCGAGGCAACACACCUAGAUCACGAAGGGCUUAUCGAUACCCGCCGUAUGGUGGGCGCUGUACAAGCAUGGUUGAGCAGCAACGAAAACUGGUUGCUAGUCCUGGAUGGCGUCCACUUUGACCUCCCACAUCUUCAGCACUACAUCCCAUUCGCGAGGCAUACCAGUAUCAUCUACACAUCAACGGAGCGAACACCAGGCGAAGACUAUCAAUUCGACAACCCUCAAGUUAUUGCGCUGGACGCAUUGACCAAGCAGGAAGCUCAAGAACUCCUUUUCGAAGAGAUGGGGAAGAAGAGGCCAUAUACACAGGAUGACUUGAGGCGUGCUGAAGAACUCGUCGAACUGAUGGAUCGUUUACCUCUUAUGAUUCAUGUCGCCGCGCUUCAACUCAAAGCUACCCGAGAACCACUCGCCAAAUACUUAAGGUCUUACCGAAGUCGUCCGAAAGUAGGUGGCCUGCUGGCGUAUCGCGCGGUCCGUGAGCAGCUCGAACAUAGAGGUGCCAGCGCUGCGUUAAACCUGAUGUCUUUGCUCGCAUUCUUCGGCACACACAUCCCCGUCGAGAUGGUCGUACUGGGUACCAAAGCUUUGGACAAGAGGACACCGGUCAGAUCUACGGAACCCGAAACCCGGAGGGUAUCGUUAAACAACACUUUCAAAAUACUCAUCGCCUUCGCUCUAGUGGAGCGAAAUGAAAACAAUGAAGCCUCAUCGGCCAGUUCGAAUAGUACUCGCAGUGUCGACAUGGGCCAAGACAGCCUCGAUAUACUUAGGAUUCACGGGAUUGUCCAAGCUUUCUUCGUUGAUGUUCUUGCUGAAGAAAGACAGGCUCCGUUUUGGUUGGAACGAGCAAUCUGCGUCUUUUGUAGAGCUUUCGAUAUAAGCGACCGCCGAGUCGAGGAAGACUUGCAAACGGGAGUACCGGAAGACUUCCGAAGAUUCCUCAUUCAUGGUGAACGAUUAUUAGCUCAUCUUAACCGUUUCGAAAGAAGAUACCCGGAUCUCACCGAGUGCAGAGAACUAGUGGAGUCGCGUCUGAGCACCAUCGAUAAGCGAAUCGAUCAACUCACUAAGCGGAUUACGGAUGCUUCUAGCCAGGGUUCUGCACCAGUGGUCGCCUCUGUAUUCGAGCGGACAAAUAGCUUAUCGGAAGGGGACACGGAUACGCCACCGAGUAACAGUAGUAUAGUCGAACCCUACAUGCUGUAUGAAGAAGAAUCACCGUUAGCAUCUCCGGCGAUAUACAGCGCCACCGAGCCGCAGCACAACCCUUACCAUUGGCAUGUUACAUACCCGCACGGCUACGACGAUAUCGAUUAUUCAAGGACGGUUACACCGCAGCCUGCGCCAACAGAAGUAUUCGAGUCGAUGUCUAUGCCAGAUGAUGACGAAGUUACCCGCAGAGUCUUCGGGCCUAAUCACCGAACUAUCAAGAGACACGCCGAGCGGCGCUAUCGCGACCGUGCUGGUUCUUGGAGAGCCGCGUCUAGGAUUCUCAGCGACCCUCGUGUUAGUAUCAGUCUUCCGCAAGCGACAAGGCCGCGCUCUUCGGCGGAUACCGGCAGUGCUUCAUCGGAAGCUACUAAAGCUCAAACGACUUUAGACCGGAUUAACAAAGGAUCGCCUUCGUACCAACCUAGAAGUGACGAGAUUGCUUUUGACUCUAUCAGCGACAUCAGCUCCAAUGUACGUCCAAGGUUAUUAGCAGGAAAACCGUCGUAUGCCGAUGCGAAAGCCGAAGCUGCCACUGGAGACGAUUAUCCUGUAUCUGGCACAUUUUCUAGUCCUGCACCGUCGCCAAAUUCAGCUGCAGCGGCGAUCCUGAAGCGUAGAGAGAAUGAACACUCCGUAUCACUCGAUGGUCUUACACCGGUUAAGAUUUCUAGCCCUUUGUCUGCGACCCCACUCAAUACCGCGUCGCUACCAUCACCUAGUCCUCCGGGAACACAGCCAUCGACGUUCCCAGAAUAUGAUAAGAGCGAGGACGUACUUAAGCCCCCUUCACGACCGCCUUCGCAGUCACCUUCAAGGUCCCCGCCGAUACCCCAGCCACCACGACUGGCGUCAAACCCACCUUCGAGAUCUCAUUCAAACUCACCGUCGCUACGACAUUCGAAACCAUCUUCGAUACUUGUGUCGAGAUCUGCUAGAUCCAGUCCGUCACACCCAUCGAGUCCAUUCCCCCCGCCGCCACCUAUCCCGAUUGAAAUCAACUCAAGCAGUAGCUUGCGCUCGCCCUCUCCAAACUCCCAGAACUGGGACUACAAUCGACGAUCCCAGCAAGCCAUAGCCGAAGACGACGAAUACGCGCAUCUAGCUCACUCACUACCUUCCAUACGGCCUCAAGUGAACCUCCCUUACCCGCACACGGUUCACAAUCCACCUGAAGGCGUAUUAGCGUCAGAUCACCCGCCGCCCUGGGUAGCAUCAUCCAUGUCUCCCAAAUUACACCCCCAAGGUUACACCAGUCAACCCAUGUCGCGUGAUCCCAGCCACCAAUCGAGUCACAGUUACGCCUCAAGCCACUCUAUACCCCGCAACGCGUCGCCUUUGGCACACAGCUCAUCACCCGGCUCGCAGAUCAUGCAGCGCCCUCGCUCCCGCCGUCCAAGCGUCGUUGAAACAGAACCGAGUCCUCGGCUAGGUGGUUCAGAGUUAGAACCUAUAGUUACUAGCUACUCGCUGUAUAGCGAGAACUCCCGCGGUCGCAGACGCGCUGAGUCAAGUGGUUUACCAUGGUCUCCUAUUUCACCGAAGUUAUCGUCGCGGUUCAAACCUUGGAGGAGAGGUAGUGAUGGGCGUCGACAUAGAUCGGCUAGUGGUCGACUUACUAAUUUCGCUAGAGGCGUUAGGGGCAAUUUGAGUCCGGAUCUGGAUGCAUCGAGUAGUUCUGAGGCUAUGGCGCGCACUGGAACAGGUGGACUUCGACUCCGUGAUGGAACGGUUGUGGAAUUCGGAUCACCGCCGAUUGGGAGCGAGUCGCCGUCUGGUGUGGGUAUCGCUGGUUCAAGUCGUAGUACUUUCGGUGGCGAUGGUACUGGGUACGGCAAUGGCAGUCCUACUCUUACCGCCGGUUCACCGCCAAAGUCGUCUAGAAUUGGUCCUCGGAAGCUUAGCAAGAGGAACAGGAAAGAAAGCACCCCAAAGGUGCCAAGUCCUACUACUGAAGUCGGGUUAGGAAUUCAACAACCCCCCGCACCACCAUCCCCAUAA